AUGUGGCUCAAUACUACUACUUCAUUCCUACUUACUGGAUUCCCAAGAAUGGAGCAGGCAUACCACUGGAUCUCCAUCCCCUUAUCGGUGGCCUACAUCUCCAUAAUUCUCAGCAAUGGCACCCUACUCUUCCUCGUUAGGGAUGACCACAACCUCCACGAGCCCAUGUACUAUUUCUUAGCCAUGUUGGCAGCUACAGAUCUUGGAGUGACAUUGACUACAAUGCCCACAGUGCUGGGUGUUCUGUGGUUAAAUCACAGGGAGAUUGGCCAUGUGGCUUGCUUCUCUCAGGCCUACUUUAUCCAUACCCUUUCUAUUGUGGAGUCGGGGGUCUUGCUUGCCAUGGCCUAUGACCGUUUCAUGGCCAUCUGCAAGCCAUUAAGAUAUACCUCCAUCCUCACAGACACCAGGGUCAUGAAGAUUGGACUGGGUGUAUUGACUAGGGCUGGCCUAUCCAUCAUGCCAAUAAUCAUUCGCCUGCACUGGUUUCCCUAUUGUCGAUCUCAUGUACUCUCCCAUGCUUUCUGUCUACACCAAGAUGUCAUUAAGCUCGCCUGUGCUGACAUCACAUUCAAUCGUCUCUAUCCAGUCGUGGUCGUAUUUGCAAUGGUGCUACUGGACUUUUUCAUCAUCUUUUUCUCCUAUGUUUUGAUUCUCAAGACCGUCAUGGGCAUUGCUUCUAGAGUCGAAAGGGCCAAGGCCCUCAACACAUGUGUUUCCCAUAUCUGUUGUAUCUUGGUCUUCUACAUCACUGUGGUUGGUCUGACCUUUAUUCAUAGGUUUGGAAAGCACAUUCCUCACGUGGUUCACAUCACAAUGAGCUACAUCUACUUCCUUUUCCCUCCUUUCAUGAACCCUGUCAUCUAUAGCAUUAAAACCAAGCAAAUUCAGAUGGGUAUGCUUCGUUUAUUCUCUCUGCCUUUUUCUAGAGCAUGA